AUGCCUCCGAAGAUGGAGAAGUUUCUGCAGAUCGCGCCUCACUCUCUGGCCAUCGUCCUGGGCCCGGCCGAGGGGCCGGCGGGGCAGAGGUCCGAGGCCGCCCGGCCCGCGUCCCCGGCCGGGCCCCAGCAGCUCUCCCGGCACCACAUCGGCUACGAGAUCUUCGCCGACUUCAAAGCCGAGAACAUGCAGCACUUCUGGAACAAGAAGGUCACGGCCGCGGUGGCCGAGACGUUCUUCCUGGGCUGGAUCGACGAGCAGGUUCUGCUGAUCCAGGGCAAGGAGGAGCAUCUGGAGGCGCUGCGCGAGGGCUGGUCGCGCCGGGCGCUGCGGCCGCCCUCGGGCUUCCACAUCCGCUGCCUCGGUGAUGUAUCACCAAUCAGUAUGUCUCCCAUCAGUCAAUCUCAGUUUAUCCCACUUGGGGAAAUCCUUUGCUUGGCCAUCUCCGCAAUGAACUCGGCAAGAAAACCUGUCACCCAAGAAGCACUGAUGGAGCACCUGACCACCUGUUUUCCAGGUGUUCCCACCCCAAGCCAAGAAAUUCUCCGGCACACUCUGAACACGCUGGUCCGGGAGAGGAAGAUCUACCCGACUCCUGAUGGCUACUUCAUCGUCACCCCGCAGACUUAUUUCAUAACUCCUUCCCUCAUAAGAACUAACAGUAAAUGGUACCACCUGGACGAGAGGAUACCUGACCGGUCUCAGUGUACCUCUCCGCAGCCGGGGACCAUCACGCCCUCCGCCUCAGGCUGCGUCAGGGAAAGAACGUUGCCCAGGAACCACUGCGACUCCUGCCACUGCUGCAGGGAAGACGUGCAUGGCCUGCACGCGGCCACCCUGCAGAGGAAGCCUGCCAAGGACUGCAAAGACCCUUACUGCCCUCCUUCCCUCUGCCAGGUGCCAGCCACUGAAAAGAGCAAAAGUACUGUCAACUUCUCAUACAAAACGGAAACCCUCUCCAAACCGAAGGACGGUGAAAAGCAGUCCAAGAAAUUCGGGCUCAAGUUAUUCCGGCUCAGCUUUAAGAAGGACAAGACCAAGCAGCUAGCCAACUUCUCCGCCCAGUUUCCUCCCGAAGAGUGGCCCCUGCGAGACGAGGACACGCCGACCACCAUCCCUCGGGAGGUGGAGAUGGAGAUCAUCAGGCGUAUUAACCCGGACUUGACCGUGGAAAACGUCAUGCGGCACACUGCCCUGAUGAAGAAACUUGAAGAAGAGAAGGCGCACCGGAGUAAAGCCGGGUCCUCCGCCCACCACAGCGGAAGAAGCAAAAAGAGCCGGACUCACCGCAAGUCUCACGGAAAGUCUCGGUCGCACAGCAAGACUCGAGUGUCCAAGGGAGACCCGUCCGACGGUUCCCAUCUGGAUAUCCCGGGCGAAAGGGAGUAUGACUUUUGCGAUCCUCUUACUAGGGCCCCCCGGGAGGGCUGCUUCAUCAUCGAACACAAAGGGGAUAACUUCAUCAUGCAUAGCAACCCGAACGUGAUCGAGUCUCAUUUCCCCAUGACCCCAGAAUGGGACGUGUCUGGGGAACUGGCCAAAAGGAGGACUGAGAUGCCUUUUCCUGAGCCUUCCAGGGGAAGCUCCCACUCGAAAGUGCACCGAAGCCACAGCCAUACCCAGGACCGAAGGUCCAGGAACGAGAGAUCCAACAAGGCCAAGGAGAGGUCCAGAUCGAUGGAUAACUCUAAAGGCCCUCUGGGUGCUUCUUCUCUGGGGACGCCUGAAGACCUGGCCGAAGGCUGUAGCCAAGAUGACCAGACCCCCAGCCAAUCCUACAUUGACGACAGUACUUUAAGGCCUGCACAGACUGUCGGUCAUCAAAGGGCUCACGUUUCGUCUGCAAGCUAUAAAGAGGUGUGUAUUCCAGAAAUAGUCAGUGGCAGCAAGGAACCGCCCAGCGCUUGCAGCCUCUUGGAGCCAGGCAAAGCGCCAGAGAGUUUGCCAUCCUUUGGUGAACUCAACUCUUGUCCAACAAAGACAGCUGCAGAUGACUAUUUCCAGUGCAACACCUCCAGUGAGACGGUGCUCACGGCGCCGUCACCUCUGGGGAAGAACAAAGAGGACCACGACACUCUGACUCUGGCGGAAGGGGUGAAAAAGCUGCCUCUGUCAGACAGGCAGGCCCCUCAUUCCUCCAGGGAGCCUGCAGGGCACAAGGAGGAGUCACCAAAGGGGCCGGGCGGGGGCCCAAUCACUCCAGGCACAGUAGUCGAAGGCCUUGCCAACGGACGCCUCACCCAGCACCACGGCGCCGAGCCCAGCACCCUGGACAAGAGGAAAGAGAUAUUCAGCAAAGACACACUGUUCAAACCUCUUCACAGCACCUUGUCUGUAAACAGCUAUCACAAAUCAACCCUGUCCCUCCUCAAAUCGCACCCGAAGUCCCCUGCCGACACACUGCCAGGCCGAUGCGAGAAACCAGAGCCGUCCCUGGGGACCUCGGCCGCCCCUGCCCUGCCGGCCUCCCAGCGUCAGCAGGAGUCCGUGGGGAACCAGGAGGCCUCUUUCGACUAUUACAACGUCUCUGAUGACGACGAGUCUGAGGAAGGGGCCAACAAGAACGCAGAGGAGGAGAAAAACAGAGACGAUGUAGGUACCAUGCAGUGGCUCCUGGAGAGGGAGAAGGAAAGAGACUUGCAGAGGAAAUUUGAGAAGAACCUCACCCUGCUCGCCCCAAAGGAAGCAGACAGCAGCAGCAACCAGAGGGCCACCCAUUCGGCACGGCUAGACAGCAUGGACAGCAGCAGCAUCACAGUGGAUAGUGGAUUCAACUCCCCACGCACUCGGGAGAGCCUGGCUUCCAACACAUCGAGCAUUGUUGAAAGUAACCGUCGUCAGAACCCUACCUGGAGCCCAGCCCACGGCGGAGCUGGCCCAGCCUUCAGUUUCCGAGCAAGUACGGACCCCCCCACCAACGAAGCUGAGAAAUUGCAGAAACCUUCCAACUGCUUGCAAGCUUCUGUUACUAGUGUGUGA